UUGGGUGGAGUGCCUAAUUCAACAAGCUAGUUGUGUUCCAGGAAUCCACCAUGAACCCCAAUUUUCAUCCAAGAAUGCUCUGGGCCAUGUUGCUUCGCCUCAUCUUAAUCAUACCAUGGCUUCUGCCGAUGACAAAGGCAGCAGCUGUGCCGACGUUAUCCCAGACGAAGCCCGGCUGCCAGUUCAAAUGCGGUAACCUCAGCAUCCCAUACCCCUUUGGCAUCGGAGAUGAUCCAGACUGUUUCAUGGAUGCAGAUUUCAGGUUGAUCUGCAACACUACCUCCACCGACACCCCAUUUCUGCAGACCUACGACCGCCAGCUUCCCGUCUUGAACACAUCGCUGCAGGGCCAACUGACGACCUCCGUUAACGUAGCCGUCCAAUGUCUGGUGGGGAGCAACCUGAGCCAACCCUCUACACUUCAACUUCAGAAAGCGUACAGAGUCUCCUAUACCAGAAAUAUCUUCAUCACUGUCGGCUGUGAGAUUUAUGGCAGUUUGUAUCACCAUCCGGGCGAGGAGGUGUAUGUUGGUUGCAGUUCAUUAUGCUUGCAGGACGCGAAGGUGACGGGUUUACCUUGUUCUGGCCUUGGGUGCUGCCAGAUCUCCAUACCCAAGGACCUCAGCUCCUAUCGGAUAAGUACAGACAGCUAUGGUACCGCAAAAUAUACCAUGAAUAUCAGCAGAUGUUCGUACGCCGUUCUGUCCGACCAAGACUGGCUCGGCUCACAGGUGUCCGACUUCUGGAACAAUAGAGACAGCUCGGACUACCUUACGAAAACUAGGGUGAAAGCUCCACUGAUACUUGAUUGGGCAAUUCGAAACAAGACUACUUGCGAGGAAGCACAGAGAGCAGCUGCUGAUUAUGCCUGCGGGAACAACACCUACUGCAGUAACUCAACGAAUGGCCCUGGAUAUCUUUGCCAUUGUUUGGAGGGUUACGACGGAAACCCUUAUCUUCCCGGAGGAUGCCAGACAUUUGACUGGUCUAUUGUAAACAAGACCUGUGAACAAGGAAGCACUAAUUAUGCAUGUGGGAACAACACUUACUGCUCUUAUUACAAAGAUGGCCCUGGAUAUCUUUGCCAUUGCAUGGAAGGUUAUCAUGGGGAUCCUUAUCUCCCUGAUGGAUGCCAAGCUCAAUCGACAUCACCAGAGACAAAGCCCGGCUGUCAAAACAAAUGCGGGAACGUUGACAUCCCAUACCCAUUUGGCCUAGUGGGAGAUGAUCCAACCUGUUACAAAGAUGAUGAAUUUAAGUUGUUCUGCGACACUGUAUCUGAUCCACCCCGACUGCUGGUCUACGAUGAUGAUUAUUUGAGUUAUAGCGAGACGUUCAUUACCAACAUAUCACUACAAGGCCAACUGAGGAUGUUCUACACUUGGGCCGCUGUCUACUGUUACUUAGGAGACAACAGCAGCACUGGAAUGUACAACACAUUCAUCAACUUGCCAGAUGUAUACAGAUUCUCCAACACCCAGAACAGAUUUACUGUUGUGGGUUGUAACAUGCUGGCGGUCUUGACUGAUUAUGGUGACAGUUUCCAUAUUGGAUGCAUUACAUCUUGUCCUUAUGCUAUAGAAUCGAUGAAGCUACCUUGUGAUGGCAUUGGAUGCUGCCAGACCGCAGUGCCAAAGGGUCUUAAUGCAUUUGUUAUACAACUCCGGAUGUAUGACAACAGAAGCAGCUACACAGACUCCUCCAAGAUUAGCAGAUGUGGCUUAGCUUUUCUGUCCGACCUAGAGUGGUUCAGUUCUAAUGCUUCAUAUCUGUGGAAUUUGAAAAACAAUGUGGAAUAUGUUAUAAACAUAGGUUCCCUAACUCCAGUAGUACUUGACUGGGCAAUUCGAAACAAGACUUGCGGGGAAGCACAAAGAAUGGCUGAUUAUGCUUGUGGGAAGAACACCUACUGCACAAACUCCACUAAUGGCCCUGGAUAUCUUUGUCAUUGUAUAAAAGGUUACCACGGGAAUCCUUAUCUCCCCAAUGGAUGCCAAGAUGUAAAUGAGUGUGAGGAUCAAAGGAAUAAUCCUUGUGUAGGCAUUUGUACAAAUACAAUAGGAUCUUACUACUGCUCUUGUCCAAAGAAUAGCUAUGGUGAUGGUAGAAAAGAUGGUCAAGGCUGCACUUGGAAGAGUAAAGGCUUUCCUGUGAUGAAGGUCACUCUAGGUAUAGGUUUUGGAAUCUUACUUCUACUCAUUAGUGGUUCAUGGUUACACUACAUUAUGAAAAAACGCAAGCUCAUAAGGCUAAAAGAGAAAUUCUUUCAACAAAAUGGAGGGUUUCUUUUACAACAACGAAUAUCAUUACAUGAAGGUGGUUAUGAGUUCUUAAAGAUCUUCACAAUUGAAGAUUUAGAGUUGGCAACUAAUAGAUUUAAUGAGGAUUUCAUCUUAGGUCGAGGUGGUCAAGGUACUGUAUAUAAGGGCAUUCUACCUGAUCAGCGAGUUGUUGCCAUUAAAAAGUCCAAAGUAGUCGAUGAUGGCCAAAUUGAGCAAUUUAUAAAUGAGGUCAUUAUUCUUUCUCAAAUUAAUCACCGAAAUGUAGUGAAGCUCUUGGGAUGUUGUUUAGAGACUGAAGUUCCUUUACUAGUUUAUGAAUAUGUCUGCAAUGGAACCUUAUUCCACCACAUUCAAAGAAAGAGUGGCAUUUCCUUGCUUUCUUGGGAAGAUAGGUUAAGGAUUGCAACAGAAACUGCCGAUGCAAUUGCUUAUCUACAUGCUGCAGCUUCAAUACCAAUCAUUCAUAGAGAUAUCAAGUCCACAAAUAUAUUGUUAGAUGAUAAUUUUAAAGCAAAAGUUUCUGAUUUUGGACUUUCAAGGUUACUUCCUAUGGAUCAAACUCAAAUAACUACAUUAGUACAAGGAACUUUAGGGUAUUUGGAUCCAGAGUACUUCCACACUAGUAAAUUAACAGAGAAAAGCGAUGUUUAUAGCUUUGGAGUAGUUCUUGUGGAGCUUCUAACAGGAGAAAAACCACUUUCUUUUCAAAGAUCACUAGAAGAAAGGAACCUAGCUGCAUAUUUUGUUUCUGCAAUCAAUGAGAGCCAUCUCUUACAAAUCAUUGAGAGUGAAUUAUUGGAUGAUGAGUGUGUAAUUGAACAAAUUUUUGUAGUUGCUGACCUUGCAAAAAGAUGCCUUAACAUAAUGGGUGAAGAGAGACCAACCAUGAAAGAAGUUGCAAUGGAACUAGAAGGAUUGAAAAGGUUAAAGAUAUACUCAUGUGUUCAACAAGAAGAGAGUGUAAGUAUACAAUCUGAAUCCCCAAGUGCCGUUCUUGUACCUCUAAGACACUAUCCAGGUGAUUCAUCUGGGUAAUAUAGCUAUCUUUGAAAUUCUCACCUUAAGAAGGUCAAACACUUACAUCAAUGUAAAUAAUUUGUUUUUAUUUUUUAAG